AUGUCUUUUUCAAAUAGUUUAGCUAGAUUUGCAAUCAUUUCAAAAAAUAGUGGAUCAAAUGCAAAAUAUUUACAAUACUAUCCAGUACACAAAUUUAAUAAAAUGCAAUACAAUGAAAAGCAACAACAUAUGAAAUUCCAAAAAAUUUCAAACCCAGCUCCUCCUCAAUCCAAAUUUAAUAAACAAAACACAAAUAGCACUCAUUUAAAUACAAACUCUAAUUACUUAGUUGUUGACGAUGCUUAA